CCAAGAUUACAGAUGAGGCCCAUCAUACGGUUCAAGUUUACCACAGAGAGAAGAAGAGUGGUGGAGGCGGGACCGCCUUAUCUGAUGGAUUGAAACCCCCGCCAUUUGUUCGUCUUCUGGCUUCUACGGCGGCCAAGGAAUUGAAUCGAGCGAGCGACAGAUCAUCAAGGGACGCUCUCCUCCCCACAAUGGGCUGACCGACCCAAGUACGCCGAAUGCCGCUGCCGAUGCCUUCCGCUGCGCUCUCCUCCGCCCUCUCCCCGCCUCCAUCUCCCGGUGGCCCGCUCGGCCGCCGCCCUCUCCUCCUCUCAACGACGUCGGCUACGACUUCGAGCUCCUCCUCUCGUCCGCGAGCUCGUUGCCGCCUUCUCCGCGCUCGAGUCGUGGAUGGGUCUAAAGAAACUGAGACAUCUUUGGACUUUGCAAAUGAAAGAUCUGAAUCUGACAAGCUAGUUGAUAGCAUGGACUUUGGCGAACUCUGCAAUGAAUUUGAAUGCAUUAGUAGCCCUCAGGUGGAAUCAACAGCUAGACAACUCGCUCGGGAUAUACUAGAGAUGCGAGAAGGAAAUCGUGCCCUAGGAUCUUUUUCAGUUUCUGUCAAAUAUAAGGAUCCAGUUAGGAGCUUCGUUGGGCGUGAAAAAUACAAAAGACCUCUUUGGGCAACUGAUGCACUGGAAAAUCCAUCAGUGACGGUGCAGGAAAUGGUAAUGUUAUCGACUAGUGUACUGAGCAUAAAGUGGACACUGAAAGGGAAACCUAAAAACCCUGCAAUUGCAAGCAUAGGAGGAGACCUACAAGUUGGAGUGGACUCCCGCUUCACUUUAAACCAGAUAAGUGGCCAAGUUAUUGAACAUGAAGAGUCAUGGGAUUUGUCUCAAUCAUCUCCUGUUGCUCAGUGGUAUUUCUGGAUUUCCAGGAGAUUGUUCUCCGUUGUUGAAUCUGUCAAAGAUACUGUUGAUGUUGCUAAGAAUACAGCAACACGCUUGUCAACCCAAAAAGAGGACUUGGAGAUCUACCCUGACCCUUCUGGUGAUCCUACAAAGUUCUUUCAAAGGGAUGAUGACUUGCAGAGAGAUGCUUAUCAGAUUGCACUCUUCUUGGCCGUAAUAUAUCUUGUUGUACAGUUUCUGAGGACGACUCUUUAAAUGUGUAGUUGACUUCCGAACCUCACGAAAAUUUUUCAAAGUCAAAAUCCAAAAAAAAAUAUAUGUCCAAAAUCCAAUCAUGUAUGUAUCUUCAACCUUCUAUUGUAUUAUAGAUGAUGAUCAUGUUUUCUAAUUUCUAUACGAGAGGACAUGUCAAUAUAUCCUUCGAAGAGUUCAUCA